CAUAUGUGCAACCUACAGAUUUUAUAUAAACAUUGAACAGAAAAUAUAAAAGAUGCAUGUAAUGCGGAAAAGUAAUAUGUAUGAUAAUUUUGGUACGAUAUCUAGGUAUCACGAGGGUAAGUACUUCAAGUACGGUGAAAAAGAUCCAAGGAGUUUGGAAGGCGUGCGCCACUUCACUCAGUUGGUAUGGAAAGAUUCGAAACAGUUAGGCGUCGGAAAAGCCGAGGACGAUAUAGGCAAAAUCUACGUGGUUUGCUUUUAUCAACCCCCUGGCAACGUGGCCGGAGAGUUUGCCGAAAAUGUACAACAACCAAUCAAGGAGGAAACCGAAUCCGUGAGCCCUGAAAAAGAAAUAGAAAUCCAAACCCUUCCAGCAAAACCGGAGACGGUGAGGUCCAUGGAACGGAUUUAUGCCGUGCCAUCGGAAAAGCUGCGCGUUUGGUCGAUUUGGCUCACGAAGGUCGGGGAACUUGCCGACGAAUGGCAGCGAUGGUUACGUGCCCACAUUGAUCUCAUUAUCAGGCUCGCGAUAGAAUUGCAAGGUAUAGAGAAGAAAAGCGUAACCGAGUUAGAGAAAAAAGAAGAAACAGUGGCGGCGGUCACACAGGUCACACAGGUCACACAGACCACACAGGUAACAAAGGUCACACAGGACGGCGUAAAUGAAAUCCAGGUUGAGGAGGCUUCUAGUUUACGUGAAGAAAGUGUGGAGCCUGUAUUUAGCGAGGCUGCGCUCGAUGAAGAUGCUGCAGACAUAUUCGCAGAAGAUAGCGAAAUUACCCUUACCAUGGAACCAUCCGACGCAACGAUCUAUAUGGAACUGCCGGAAAAGCCGAAGGAUAUAGCGGCUGAACCAUCGUUGCUGACUGCAGCAGACGUGAGCGACUUGGAAGAUGUGGUGCAUGUAUGGCCACUCGGAACUCCAUGGAUACAUUUAGGACAGGAAGAUGAAGUGUACGAAGAGCCAUUCGAACGAUUGCCCAUACCAAGGACCGAGCAGGAGAUGAGAGAGUUUGUGAAGAAGUUCACGCAUGAGGCAACCAUUUACAGAUCCUACUACAAACACUGGGAAGAUGUCGCAAAGCAGGCAACCAACGAGGUCGGAUGCAGGAUGGUGAUGGCCACAUGGAUUGUGCAAGGAAAAGACACGACAGGCAAAGUGAAACAGCAACCGUGCCCGAGACCUAUGGGCAUGACACGCUCCCGUGCCACGCUGAAGUCGAAGAAAUCCGUCGUUUCGGCGAAAUCAAAGAAGUCCGCAAUUUCGGCGAGAUCAAAAGCGAUGUCCAAGAAAUCGGAACAGAUCGCCGAAUCGGAAGCGGCUUCUACGCCGACUCCCGAAAGUCCUACCGAAACUGAAACCAGUGAACCAUCGGAAGAGGAUCCUUUCGCAUCGGAGUCGGUAGCUACUGUGAAGAGCGUUGCGGUGAAAGCGAGCAAGAUCGAAGAGCCUAAGAUCGAGUCGAUCGAGUCGAUCGAGAUCCAGGUGGAUGAUGUGGUCAGGGAUUGCGCGCGUGCUGCGGAACCUAUACCUUACCACUUUUACGUGAGAGCGGAACCGGAUAUCGAUAUAGCGAUAGAACACGAUGAUGAAGUGGUCAUUCCCGAAGACACCGAUCGCGAAAGAAUCGUAGGCGAUUACAGGCGUCUUUUCUUCAAUCUGUUCGACAAGCCUUGCAAAGGAGGGAAACCGUGGAUAGCAUAACAAAACAGGAUAAUCAUAGCAAAACAAUAAGAAUGCCUCUGUACUCAGUCAUACAAUAAAGACAAUAGU